GCUGAGAGGGAGGUUGUUGUGUUUAUUUUGAAGGGGACAUGAAGUAGUUGAUUCAUUUUCUCCCCUGGCUUCUUCUUUGAUUAUAUUUAUAUAUAUAUAGAUGUAUAUAUUUAUACAACCUAUAAUUAACACCAAUAUUAUGUGCGUUUUGUUUUUUGCUACAUGACUUGGAAGUGUUUGGAUACCUUGUUGCUAAAGAGCCCUCUACUCGCUACGGCUGCUGUUCCUUCUGCUGCAACUUAACUUGCGAGAUCAACAUCCUUGUGAUAUGUUGGACAUGGGGGAGAGGAAAGAAGUUAAAAUGAUCCCCAAGUCGUCUUUCAGUAUCAACAGCCUGGUUCCUGAAGCAGUGCAGAACGACAACAACCACUCUCAGCCACACCACCACCAUCACCACCACCACCAGAUCACCCAGCAAACGCACCAUGUCCAGUCACACCACAGACCCUUGCAGGAAGAAGAUGAGCUGGACAAGAGUCUACUGGAGGUCAAGACUGAAAGUCUACCAUCUGGUAAGGUGGACUCAGCUUCCUCUGAGCUCCCGGGGGCCGAGGACAAGGAAAAGACUGAAGAGAAGAAGGUGGACGGUGGUGGUGGUAAGGAUGGGGAGAGUGGCAAAGAAGGGGAGAAGAAAAAUGGCAAAUAUGAGAAGCCCCCCUUCUCCUACAACGCUUUGAUCAUGAUGGCCAUACGCCAGAGUCCAGAGAAGCGUCUAACCCUAAAUGGAAUCUAUGAAUUCAUCAUGAAGAACUUUCCGUACUACAGGGAGAACAAACAGGGCUGGCAAAACUCCAUCAGGCAUAACCUCAGCCUGAACAAGUGCUUUGUCAAGGUUCCUAGACAUUAUGAUGAUCCGGGAAAAGGGAACUACUGGAUGUUGGACCCUAGCAGUGAUGAUGUUUUCAUUGGUGGGACCACUGGAAAGCUCCGCAGGAGAUCCACCACCUCUAGGGCUAAACUAGCAUUUAAGAGAGGGGCGAGGCUCACCUCCACAGGACUGACUUUUAUGGAUAGAGCUGGCUCCUUAUACUGGCCUAUGUCCCCUUUCCUUUCAUUGCAUCACCCAAGGGCCAGCAGCACUUUGAGCUACAACGGGACAACAUCAGGCUACCCAAGCCACCCCAUGCCCUACAGUUCUGUGUUGACUCAAAACUCAUUGGGGAGCAACCACUCUUUUUCAACGUCCAAUGGCUUGAGUGUAGAUAGACUUGUCAAUGGGGAGAUACCUUAUGCCACCCAUCACCUCACAGCAGCUGCCCUGGCUGCCUCAGUGCCAUGUGGGUUACCUGUACCCUGUUCUGGUACAUACUCUUUAAACCCAUGCUCUGUGAAUCUUCUAGCUGGACAAACAGGAUAUUUCUUCCCCCAUGUACCCCACCCCUCCUUAACUUCACAAAGCAGCACUUCAAUGACAGCCAGAGCAGCCUCCUCUUCCACCUCACCCCAGGCUCCUUCCACCCUGCCCUGUGAGUCCCUCAGACCAUCUUUGCCAAGUUUUGCUACAGGACUAUCUGGUGGACUUUCUGAUUACUUUACACAUCAAAAUCAGGGUUCUUCAUCCAACUCUUUGAUACAUUAACAAAACAUCCCACGGGAGCAGACUGUAAGUGAACAUUUUAAACACAUUUCAAUUGUACAUGAGAAUUGAAAGGAACAAAAAAAAAACAAAAAACAAACAAAAAAAAACAAAACAAAAAAAAAAAGCAAGCGAAAAAAAAAAGACAAGUCCAGGUAUUUUUUAUGAAGUCCCCUUAUUUUGUGUACGUCUGUUCAGUCUCUAGGGCUCUAUAUUAUUAAGGUGAGGCGUGAUGUCAAUAGCAGAAAGGUAAUGGAGAGAACACAUGCUGACCUCUGAUAGAAUGUGUAACUGAUUCUGUAACAGUGACUGCUAUAAAAAAAAUGUUUUAUUCAGUACAGUUGUAUCACUCAUAGUCCCCAUAUAUCCAUGUCUCCAGUAUUAUAACUUUUCAUGGAUAAUGGAUCCAGUUAUAAAAAUGAAACACAAAAACAACUGCAAAGAUACUAAAAUUAUAAACUCAAUACAAAGUAAAACAAUGUUGCAACUGUCAAUUUGUAUUUAACCGUUAUUAAAGUACACCCUGCACAGUAAUUAAUUAUAUUCUGGCAAUUUAUUAUUUUAUCAUUUCAUCUUAUAAAAGAGCUGGGUUUUGUGUUUACUUUUAGACCAAAGAUUGGGAUGUAGAAAAAGCAGUCAGUGUACUGAUUAAUUAAAAUAAACAAAAAAUAAAAUAAAAAUACAAAAUACAAAAUAAAUCUCAUAUCAACUGCAGUACUGUCUAUUUGCAAAGAAUUUCAGGGGGACAAAUGAAUACUGCCUUCAGUUUGUGUUGUGUAUAUUUUGGUGUAUGUACUCACUAACCGGUCGGUCACAUUUUUUAUUUUAUUUUUUAUUUUAUUUUUUUAUUUUUAUUUUAUUUUUAUGUAGUGAAACGUUAUACCGAUUGUACUACUAGGUAAUCCUUGCAAAAUAUGUAUAACCCGUGUUGAGUAAAAAUGCAUAAAUUUGAGUGAUUGUUAUCGUUGUCUUUAAAUUUCUUGAUUGUGAUAAUGUGGUCAUAUGCCCGUGUUUGUCACUUAUACAAUUGUUUACUAUGAAGACACAGAAAUAAA